AUGAACGAACGACAUCGUCUGGAAGCAGCCGCGUUUGGCGUGGUAGCGGGCCAAAAGCAGAUCAUUAUAGAAUAUGAAUCGAGAACCGUCUCCUAUCAAAUCGUAUCGGGUAAUCAGCGAGCUUUGGCGAGUAUCUCCCGCUAUCUGAUACAAGCGCAUAAAGAUGCGGAUAGCCCCCGUAUCUCAGAUGAUAGCCGAGAUAAAUGGGCGCGCGCGCAGCCAAAAUACGGCGCGGGAUUGAACAAAAAGGUGCGCAGGCGCGGGACGGCUUUAUGCAAUCAGACCGCCUCUCCAGUCACGAUAAAAAAACGCUCAGAUUUUUACCGUCUCGAAGAUAAUGUAAUAUCGUUAACAAACAAACCUGAGCCU